AUGGGUCUUUCCAAGGAACAGUUGCUUGCUCGUUUAAAGGAGCUUCAAAUUGGUUUUUCCCAGUAUGAACAUCCUGUUGUUUUGACAGUUGAGGCUCAGGCAAAAUAUGUUGGACAUCUGGGAGGUGGACUGAGUAAAAAUUUGUUCUUGAAGGACAAGAAGAACAGGUUCUAUAUUGUUUCCGCUUUGGCAGAUACUAAAGUAGAUCUGAAAGUUCUAUCUAUAAGGCUUGGUUUGGGAAAAGGUGGUUUGAGAAUGGCUCCUGAAGAAGCACUUGGAGAAUUACUUCAGGUCCCACUUGGUUGUGUUACUCCGUUUUCACUGGUGAAUGAAUCUGCAAGGCAUGUCUCUCUGUUGUUGGAUCAAAAAUUUAAAAGUCAGGAACAUUGCUUCUUCCACCCAUUGUCGAAUGACACAUCAAUCUCACUUAGCACCCAUGAUCUCGAUAAGUUCCUUAAAUCAAUUGGGAGAGACCCCUCAUAUGUUGACUUGGAGGCUAACCCUUCAGUUGGGAAAGAUCAACCGCCAGAUCUUGCUUCUCUUGUUCCAUCCGGUUCCACAGUGUUGCCCAAUCCUCCAGAAGCAGAAGCUUCCUCAAAAGGUUCCAUCGAAAAUCCAGUUUCGGUCAGUAACAAGUCAACGACAAGUACAGCAAAUGCUACUAAGCCAUCCACUAAUGCAAAAAAUACUAAGGACAAACCAGUCAAUGGUGUUCACGUAUCAAAGUCCGUAACAGAUGUUGGAAAGUUGGUUGAAGAUUUACUGGAUAAAACAUCUGCAUUACUGCUUUCAGAGACCACUGAGGAGACUAUUAAGAAACAUGGAGCACAGCUGGGAGCUGCGAUAUCAAAUAGUAUCAGAAGCCAUCUUCGUGCAGAGUUGGAGAGCACCAUUAUGACGUUCAAAAACUCAGCAUAUACUGAAGGGUUUCAUGCUGGUGUACACCAUCAUGCAAAGCGUACAUAUUGA